CAGGCUAGGGAGGCUUAUAAUGAGUCUCGAUAAGCCUCGUCACCACCGGUUUCACGGUGUUGCUGCAAGGCUCGCCAUGCGCGCCCCAGAUUCAUUGGGUUGCUCACCACGACGACCGCAUCCAUCAUAUCUUCGGUCCGCCCAAUCUAGUCAAGAACAUAUUGAUUUACGUUAUCCGCCGCCCGAAAGAGUCCCCACAAUCUAUCAAGGAAAUGUGUUCGGCACGGCAGCCUGACGGGCAGUGGGUAACUUAGCGCACCGGUUCACGGGCGCACUCAGUGCUUGUACUCCUCCAGCUGGAGAUAUAGGAGGGGCGACUUCUUCCCACAUGGUAAGUCGAUAUGCUUGUCCUGUUACGAGAGACCAUUGCUUCAUGUAAAGCGUCAUGAUUUCCUACCUCUUCUUGCUCCCCGUGGUGGGUGCUGUGGCACUUAUCGCUGCCGUCUACUACAAGUCACUGGCCCUGAAAAAUGUUCCUGGUCCUUUCAUCACAAGAUAUAGCAAAAUCCCUCUCCUCUACCAGACUAUCACCUUGAACAGAACCCGUUAUAUUCACGACCUACAUCAAAAAUAUGGUCCUCUGGUGCGAUUGGCUCCCGACGAGGUCUCUCUCAACCAUCCACCGUCAGUCGGUCCUAUCUACAACUAUGAGAAGACGCAUUUCUACAACGCUUUCGAGGCAUACGGGGCGAAGAACAUGUUCAGCACGCCCGACCGUUCGCAUCACAGUGGUAGGAGAAAGCAUCUUGGUGGCGAGUACACCAAGCAGUAUAUGCUGAAACCCGAGAACUUGACCGUCAUCUACGACCGCGUUCGACAAAUGGUCAACAACAUCGUCCCUGGCGAGCCAAAAGAUGUGUUCUUUUUAUUCAACUAUCUGGCGCAAGACGUCAUCUCAGGCUUCUUCUUCGGCAACCAAAAUGGAAGCCACCUGCUGCAGGGCCAGGAUACCGAAGUGUUUGAUGCCUGGCACUCGCGCAGAGAAACCUUCCACUGGUGGGCUGAGCUGCCUAACCUCACCAAGAUGCUACACUCGACUGGCAUUGCCAAUCUGAUCCCAGGAUGGGCAGGCGCAACGAAAGGAGAAGAAAUCAUCAACAAUAUGACGCACAAGUGGAUGGACAACUGUGACCAGGAGAAAGCGCAUCUCCUGACCAAGCUCAACCACACGGGCUUGUCGCGCGAGGAGAUCUCAGCAGAAGUCAUGGACCACAUGGGCGCCGGACACGAGACGACCGGCACGACACUCACAUUCCUGAUCGACCACCUGUCCAAAAACCCCGUGCAACAGAAGAAACUGCAUGAGGAGCUCAUGACCGUCGAUCUCAAUGACUUUACCGCCGUUGACAAACUGCCAUACUUCCACGGUGUCGUUCUCGAGACGUUGAGAUUGUACUCAUCCAUUCCGGCAUCGGAGCCACGUAUCGUGCCCGACGGUGGAGUCACGCUGCUCGACACAUUCAUUCCCCCACAGACCGUCAUCUCCGCACAGCCGUACAGCAUGCACAGACAGGAAGAGUACUUUGACCGAUGUCUGGAGUUCAUCCCCGAGCGCUGGGACGAGCCCACUGCUAAGGCUAAGACCGCUUGGAUGGCAUUUGGCAAGGGAACCAGAGGUUGUAUCGGUCAGAACAUUGCGAUGGUCACAAUCAAGGUUGCUGUGAGUCAUUUGUAUAAGACGUUUCAGAGCGAGAAGCCGGCUGUGCUGCCGGCGAAAGAGGAUAUGGAUUUCAAGGAUUAUUAUAUGAUUACGCCGAAGAAUGAUACCUGCACGGUGGUCUUUACGAAGGCCGAUUGAAAGAGCCACGAGGGACUCUGCCAGAAGCUAGUGGGGAGAUGAGAUAGUAGCUUUAUCGAAGAGGCCAGUUACGAUGAAUAAUAACGAUGCGGACCAACCACCUAUAUGAGAUCAAGUCCAUUCGUAUGAUCUAUCACAGUCAAAAGAGACUGUCUUUC